AUGUCCGCGGUCACCGCGCGUCUUCCCGCGGGAGGCCGCGCGCGCGCGCGGAUCCCCGCGCGGCGACGCGAUCGCGCCCCGGCGACGGUCGCGACGGCGACCCGCGGAGGCGGCGGCUUUUCGCGAAAAAAAGUGCACAUCAUUCCACCGACGCUUCGGACCCUCGACGCGCUUCGUCCUCGCCGCCGAGGCGACGCCGUCAUCGCGCGCGACGCCGACGCCGACGGCGGCGGCGGCGGCUCCCCCCCCGUGAACGAGCUCCCGAUGGUGAAGCAGCAAGCGUCCGGCCUCGGGUUGCAGUGCAUGCCGAAGGCGCGAAUGAACGACGAGGUGGCGCGCAUCGACCCGGGGCUGAACCAGCUCCUCGUCUCGGAGGGGUCCACGAUCUCGAGGUUCUUCACGCAGGACGAGUGGGAGCGCCACCGAGGCGUGGGGAGGUACUGGCGGCAUCUCUUCAGCACGUGCAAGUCGACGAUUUUUCUUCGAAUCUUAGAGACGGUGAUCUGGAUCACGCUCUCCGCCGCGGCGCUGUGCGCGUACAACCUCGUCCUCGUCCCGAAGUUCUCCCUGCCGACGCUCACGAUCCCGCCGAUCGUGCACCAGCUGUCCGGGUCCGUGCUGUCGCUGUCGCUGGUGUUCAGGACGAACAACGCGAACCGACGCGUCAUCGACGCGCGGUCCAUCCUCGGAAAGAUCUCCAAGUGCACGCGGGACCUGACGCGGAUGUGCAUGUACAUCCCGAACGAGGGCGGGUGCCGGUUCGAGAUCUUGAACCAGCUCAGGGCGUUCCCGUACGCGUUCGAGGCGCACGUGCGCAAGGGACGGACGCGCAAGUCGAAGAAGGAUCCGACCGCGUUCAAGUCGGAGCCGCUGCCGUUGCUGACGCGCGCGCUCGGAGAACGCGACGCGAGGCGGCUCCUCGAGCGGUCGCACGAAAACGUCGCGCGCCAGGUGUUGCUGGACAUGAGCACGAUAUUGCAGCGCGCGCUGACGAUCGGGAUGUCCACGCAGAUGCAUCAGCAGUGCGAGAUCAUAUGCAAAGAGCUCAGCGAUUGCCUGGCCAACGCGGAGAAGAUUUUGUACACGCCGAUUCCCAUCGCGUACACGCGGCACACGUCUCGGUCGCUGACGAUAUGGCUGCUCACGCUCCCGCUGGCGCUGUGGUCGCUGAUGGGAAUGUCGAUGAUCCCGAGCGUUUUUUUGAUCGCGUAUCUCAUGCUCGGCGUGGACGAGAUCGGGAUCGAGAUCGAGGAGCCGUUUUGCGUGUUGCCCGUGCGGCCCAUCGCGGAGAUGUGCGACUCGGAGAUCGUCAACUCGUUCGAUCAGGCGCUCGCGGCGCCCGACUUCAAGCCGGCGAAGAAGUAA